GCGUGGUGAGGCGCCGCUCAACGGAGGCGACUCUUGAAGACGCUGUUCUCUAUGGUUCCCGCCUCCAAUUCUUUUGGGCCGCAGUGCACGCCGGCCUAGCGGAGGACGUCCGAGAGCACCCCGCGCAGCGCGGCUGGCUCUGCGGCCUAUGCGAACAGGCCGGCGCCUCGGUAUCAAUCACACGGGCGAACGGCGCGCAGAAACCUCGGGACCGGUCGCGGCCACUCGUAAUUCGGAGUCCUAGAGGCCGCAAAGACGGUACCAUUUUCUCAGCGGCGGAUGAGGAAACAGAGGCCCAGAGAGGCAAGUGGCUUGCCCAACAUCAUGCAGCUAGUUAGUGGCAGAGCUGAGACUAGAGGCUAGAUCUGCUGACUCUGUCUGCUCUUUCCACUACACCAGCUCCUGGACCUGACUGCCACAGUAGGAUGAAGUAAUAUGAAUAAAACAUGAUUUCUCCAGUCAGAAUGUCUUUCCCUCCUCACUUGAAUCGACCUCCUAUGGGAAUCCCAGCUCUCCCACCAGGUAUCCCACCCCCACAGUUUCCUGGAUUUCCUCCACCUGUGCCUCCAGGGACCCCAAUGAUUCCUGUACCAAUGAGCAUUAUGACACCUGCUCCAACUGUUUUAGUACCCACUGUGUCGAUGGUUGGAAAGCAUUUGGGAGCCAGAAAAGAUCAUCCAGGCCUAAAGAACAAAGAAAAUGAUGAAAACAGUGGCCCCACGACUACCGUUUUUGUUGGCAACAUUUCUGAGAAAGCCUCUGAUAUGCUCAUUAGGCAGCUUCUAGCUAAAUGUGGUUUAGUUUUGAGCUGGAAGAGAGUUCAAGGUGCAUCUGGAAAACUUCAAGCCUUUGGGUUCUGUGAAUAUAAAGAGCCUGAAUCUACCCUCCGUGCCCUUCGGUUAUUACAUGAUCUUCAGAUUGGUGAGAAGAAGCUCCUAGUUAAAGUUGAUGCGAAGACUAAGGCACAGUUAGAUGAAUGGAAAGCGAAGAGGAAAGCGUCCAAUGGGGUUGGUGAUUUUUCUGAAUUUGCCUUGUUUCCCAAGAAUGCCAGGCCAGAGACUACAAAUGAUGACGAUGAAGCCUUAGAUGAAGAAACAAAAAGAAGAGAUCAGAUCAUUAAAGGGGCCAUUGAAGUGUUAAUACGGGAAUACUCCAGCGAGCUCAAUGCCCCCUCCCAGGAAUCUGACUCUCACCCCAGGAAGAAGAAAAAGGAAAAGAAGGAGGACAUUUUCCGCAGAUUUCCAGUGGCCCCACUGAUCCCUUAUCCACUCAUCACCAAGGAAGAUAUAAACGCUAUAGAAAUGGAAGAAGACAAAAGAGACCUGAUAUCACGAGAGAUCAGUAAAUUCAGAGACACACACAAGGUAGUAUUCUUAUUUUUGCAAUUGAUUCAAACUAGCCUUUUUGCAGAAUCCAAAAAGAGAAAAAAAGACCACUUAAAAUCAACAUUAAAACUGGAAGAAAGAAACAAAAGGAAAAGGGCAAAAUUGAAAAACGGAGAAAAGAGAGGAAAUGAAAGGGAACAGAAAAGGCGAAACGGGGACGAAAGGAAAAGGGUGACAGAAAGGAGAAGGACGGGGGCCCGGACAGGCGGGAUGGGACCAACCGGAAAAAGGGGCCGAGACGGGAUAGAGAGAGAGAACCGGACGGGAAAAAAGAACCUAAUAAAAGAUCGGAGUCGAUCACGAGAGAAGAGCAGAGACCGUGAACGAGAACGGGAGCGAGAAAGAGAAAGAGAACGGGAGCGUGAGCGGGAAAGAGAACGGGAACGAGAACGAGAGAGAGAAAGGGAACGAGAGAGAGAAAAAGACAAGAAAAGAGAUCGAGAAGAGGAUGAAGAAGAUGCUUAUGAACGGCGAAAGCUGGAAAGAAAAUUAAGGGAGAAGGAAGCUGCUUAUCAAGAGCGACUUAAGAAUUGGGAGAUCAGAGAACGGAAGAAAACUAGAGAAUACGAGAAAGAGGCUGAAAGAGAAGAAGAGAGACGACGAGAAAUGGCAAAAGAAGCCAAACGGCUAAAAGAAUUCUUGGAAGAUUAUGAUGAUGACAGGGAUGAUCCUAAAUAUUAUAGGGGUAGUGCACUUCAAAAAAGAUUGCGUGACAGGGAGAAAGAAAUGGAAGCAGAUGAACGAGAUAGGAAGAGAGAAAAGGAAGAAUUGGAAGAAAUAAGACAACGUCUUCUGGCAGAAGGACAUCCAGAUCCAGAUGCAGAGCUUCAAAGAAUGGAACAAGAAGCUGAAAGGCGUAGGCAACCACAAAUAAAACAGGAGCCAGAGUCUGAGGAAGAAGAAGAAGAAAAGCAAGAGAAAGAAGAAAAACGGGAAGAGCCCAUGGAAGAAGAAGAGGAACCAGAGCAAAAACCUUGUCUUAAACCCACCUUGAGACCCAUCAGCUCAGCCCCAUCAGUUUCAUCUGCUAGUGGCAAUGCAACCCCCAAUACUCCUGGGGAUGAAUCUCCCUGUGGUAUUAUCAUCCCCCAUGAAAACUCACCUGAUCAACAGCAACCUGAGGAACAUAGGCCAAAAAUAGGAUUAAGUCUUAAGCUGGGUGCUUCUAAUAGUCCUGGCCAACCUAAUGCUGUAAAGAGAAAGAAGCUCCCUGUGGAUAGUGUCUUCAACAAAUUUGAGGAUGAAGACAGUGAUGAUGUGCCCCGGAAAAGGAAACUGGUUCCUUUAGAUUAUGGUGAAGAUGAUAAAAGUUCCACCAAAGGCACUGUUAACACAGAAGAAAAGCGCAAACAUAUCAAAAGUCUCAUUGAGAAAAUUCCGACAGCUAAACCUGAGCUUUUUGCAUAUCCCCUUGAUUGGUCAAUUGUAGAUUCUACAUUAAUGGAACGUCGAAUUAGACCAUGGAUUAAUAAGAAAAUCAUAGAAUAUAUAGGUGAAGAAGAAGCCACAUUAGUUGAUUUUGUUUGUUCUAAGGUUAUGGCUCAUAGUUCACCACAAAGUAUAUUAGAUGAUGUUGCCAUGGUACUAGAUGAAGAAGCAGAAGUUUUUAUAGUCAAAAUGUGGAGAUUAUUGAUAUAUGAAACGGAAGCCAAGAAAAUUGGUCUUGUGAAGUAAAACUGUUUUUACAUUUAGGUUCCAUUUCAAAUUUUUUCCCCCUUUUCCGCCAUUCAAAGGACUUUGAAUUUUAUCUGUCCUCAAAGACACUUGUGAGAUCUGUAAUUUUUUUUAAUGUAGAAAAUGUGAAAAAAAAAAAAAUUUGGUCCUCUGCUCUGUUAAGACCCCUUUGUUCUCCCUCGGUUAUAGAGUUAUCUGAAUCCUACAUUGGUUCUCUUUAUAACUCACCAGGUACAAUUACUGGUAUGUUUUAUAAGCUGCAGCUACUGUACAACGCCUCUCUGAUAAUCUUGUUCUGCUAAUUUGUUCCUUGUAAAUAUUAAAGUGACUCCCUGGUUCUUUUGCAAAAUUGCACUUAAUGUUGAAUUGUACCUGUUAGAAAACCAAGAUAAUCAUUUUUUAUUGCAAGAGUAUCAGCCAUCUUUUAUACCUCCUCCCCAUUCCCUUUUUAAUUUAAAAACUGAUCAAAAAUGGCAAGUCCUGUUUAAGGUAUAGAAUUUAGAAUGUAAGAAUGUGUCAGGUGGGCAGCCCACUUUUCUCUAAACUAUGUAUGUGUGGGUGUGAGUGAAUGUUUGAUUGUCUUCUCCCUCCUCCCCUCCCCCCCAUUUGUCUUAGGGGCAGCUGCCUUAAACAUUUCGUGAUUCAGGAUCCUAAAGGGAAAGUAGUGAUAUUGUGCCAACCUAAAUGUCUUGGACAAUUGAAUUGUCAGUGUCCCAGUGCAUGGGAUUUUAUUAUGGUGCAGCAUUCUGUUGAACAGGAUGGGGUUCCCUUGUUUAUCUGGCUCCUUCAGCUUUUCUCUUAAGGGAAAAUGAGUCAUGCAGAGCUUUUUACAUUUCUUUAGGCUGAUCAUUAAUUUCUAGAACACAUUAUUUUUUACAUUCAUUGGCUUUAACUAUUAUAGUUCCAUUUAGUAUCUCCUUGUAAUGACCUCUUUUUUUUUGAUUUUUAAAAAAUUGUUCUUUUAAAGAAAAAAAUUAUUUUAAGAAAUUUUUUUCUUUAAAAAAACAAAAGUUAAAGCCAAUUUCAGUGGCUUUUUGGGAGAAGUAGUACAAUAGAUUUGGGCAUAACAGUUCAGAAAACAACAUUUUGGCAUCCAUUUAAUACCAUUUUUUGACCACUCUUGAUUUUUCUUUUUUGGCCACUCUUGAUUCUCUCCACUCCCCACUCCCCCUUUUUUAAAUUGUAAGGAGACUAUGGCUUACCUUUUUUUUUUUUUUUUUUUUAAUACAUAAAUGGAGAUUUAGUUUUACCUCUUCUACAUAUCCAGGUUAAAAAUAUGAUAAUGUGCAUAAAAACAUACCAUGGGCUGUCUUUACUGUAGGACAUAACUUAACCAGGGAGUGAAACAGGUUGACCUGUUUAGAAGAGUAUAACUGUGACCCUGUUACUAGAUUUCUUUCAUCUUGAGGGGACAUUUGAAAACACUGUUCUUAACAAAUGGGAACGUGAAAAGGUUCCACCAUGUAAAUAUUUCAAAUAUUAAAAAUGUAUAUAUUUGAUCUGGGGACUCAGAUUCUUUUAGAGUCUUGUUAAAUAAAUGGCAUCAUGUUAUAAUUGUGUGGUGCAGACUAGAAAACUUAAUUUGAAAAUAUGGGAUGAGUUUUUGUGGGGUUUUCAUGAACAUUUUAUGGGUACUUAGUAAAGAUAGAAGCAA